AAAGGUUCUGAAUCUAUGCUGCUUUUAAAUGGAAACAUAGUUGAAGAGAGCGGUGAUAGCUGGUCCGGAAAUCAGAGCCCUGAAGUAGGAUGAUUUGGGCUGCUCCUCGGUCAGGAGCUCCUUCAACUGGGUCCCAGCUCCCUCAGCAAAACUGACUCUAGAAAAUAUAUGGAACCAGCAAGAUGAACAAAAACAAACUGAUUCAUGAUUUCCUUGAAGUGGUUUCAAGGGGUGACGUGGAAGGCAUUUGCGGCCAUAUUCCUGAAGUCCACUCGGUCCUUGGCAAUCUUGACUUUCAGCACCCACAGACGGGGAACACGCCUCUUAUUACUGCUGCGGAAGAAAAUCUAGCAGAGGUUGUUGAGAUUCUUCUGGAAGGGGGCGCAGAUAUCACCCUUUGCAAUUACAGCAAUCAAACUGCGCUCCAUGUGGCUAAUGGUGACAUCCAGAGACAGCUCUUGGCAGGCAAGGGAAUUCAGGCUCCCCAAAUGCAGCUCCUACGAAGCUCGUGGCAAGGUGAUCUGGAGCAGCUUCGACACUUGCUGGCAUGUGAAGAGUUCCUGGAUAUAAACUUCCCCAACUCACAUGGUCUGACCCCUCUGAUGCUGGCUGUGAGAGAUGUGGACCUAUUUGAGAGUCUGGAUGUAUUAACAGCCUACAGACCUGACGAAGUUCUAGCUGAGCUCCUCCGGCACCAUGCAGAUCCAAAGCUUUGUGAUUUCAGUGGCAAGUCAGCAAUACAUUAUGUGUCACAAAUUGAGAGUUGGAGGAAGCAGCAGUUACUGGACAUCCUGAUGGAUUCAAUGCCCAGACCAGAAAGACACGCCGAGUCGCUGCUUGACAUCUGUCAUGAGGCUGGCUCUACUCCAAUGGAGAUGACAGUUUCCCAGACUGAAAACAUCACCUUGCAGAGCAUCAGCAGCAGUGAGGACUCUGACCUUGACGAUGACUUCAGCCCGUCCAUAUUGGCUGGGGAAGGAGCAGCUCCCAGGGGCGAAGGCUGGCCGCGAAGGACAGAAGGUAUACUGACUUACCACCUGAGACCUGAAUUAUACCAGCAAACAAGUUUUCCCCAUCUCUCUCCUUUUAGUCAGGUGACUUCAGAGCAUCAGGAGCGGGAACAAGUGCAUCCCGUCUCUCCACCAGAUGAAGCGGAGAUGGUGGGCCUCAUUGCAAGGAUGCUAACCACACUGCCUUCACUUCUGAAGACAGAAGGAAGUUCUCAGGAGCUCUGUGGUGCGGACGUGGCUCUCUUACCACCCAGACCUUGCUUAGACCCAAGCCUUGCUGCAUCUGCAGCCGGGGAGGAGGCUCCUUGUGUUUUGAAAGCACAGCAAAGGCCAUCUGAUGAGUUUCCCACCUCUGACAGGAGAUACAGUAGCCAAAGAACGGAGCUUCCUCUGCCACCACUAUCAUGCUUGCCCAUGAGAUCUUGUAUCUUCAAUAUGGAAAAAAGCCCCAAGUUCCCAAGACACAGGGAAAGAAAGGUCCCCAGCCUCAGCCUGUCUGUGCCUAAGCUCCUGGAACCUCUUAGCCGACCUCUUAGCCAAUCCGCUGAGUUUAGUUCAUCAAAGAACCAUCAGGAAGUCUCAUGGGAAGGACCAGCAGAACACACCCUCAAGGGUUCUGACUGUACCAUCUGGUCUAGAAACAUGUGCUCUUUCCGGAAGAGCGGGAAACAGCAGGGAGUGGUGGAGAGUUGGCGAUCCCAGCAAAUGGAAGGGUGGGACAAAACUGAAACCUCUGGCUUUGAAGAAGGGCCAUCUUUGUUCUCUUGUGAGAGUGUCAAAGAAGACACUACUCCUACAGAGAGGGAAAGGGAUAGUGGGUGCCAUGUUAGUGAAAUGAGAAGAGGGGGAGAGGACUCCCAAUAUCUUUCAUCAAGAAAAAAACAGAGUUCGACAGCCAGAGUGGUUGAACGAGAUUCAGGGGUUGAGCACCCCAUUCUCUGCGAGCUCCUAGAAGCCUCAAAUUCAGAAAUGACCCCAGCUGAGGAGAAAGAGAUCGGAAAUGAGAAUGUUCCAGAUUCCAAAAGCAAUUUUGUACACAAAUCUGGAGCAAUGGUGCCACAUGCAGUGUCAGAAGAGGUUGGUGUUCCUAAGAAUAGACCCAGUGUGAACUCUGACGGCCCCGCUGAAGUGCUGGAAGGUCAUAGAGACACAGAACAGAACAGAAAAAUACCAGUGGAGGAAGAGACAAAUCCAGAAAUGAACGGGGUGGUGCCGCUUACUCACAUCACAUUCCCUGGAGAAGGGACAUCCAAGGGACCCGCUAGAGCCAAACCACACCUCCAAAGGAGAAAGCACCCGGUGCAGAGAAGCAAUAGCCUCAACGUACUUGCUCAACAAGAACACGACAAACUACAGACAAAUACUCAUAGAACCAAGCUGGAUUCAAGGACCAAGGCCAGGAACAGACCAUCCCCUAAUCUCAUGGUUUCCAUCCAAGCGUCCAUUAAACCCAACAUGCAUAAAAACAGCAUAAAAACUCAAGUUUUCCCUGCUCUGGAACUUAUGGACCACAGACCUCACCCCCCAUCCAAGUUUCAAAGGAGAGCACCUCUGACAGAGAAGAAGUCAACGCAUCAGACCCAGAAACCUAAAAAGCAAGCAUUCCCUCGAAUCGGUAAAAACGCAGGCAUAAAAAAGCCAUGCAUUCCCCUCUCCGUUGAAACAACAGAUCCGAGACUGCACUUCCUGGACUUGAAGUACAGUGACAUGUUCAAAGAAAUCAACUCAGCCUCCAAUGGACCAGGCAUCUAUGAGAUGUUUGGAACCCCUGUUUAUUGUCACAUUCGAGAGGCAGAAAGGCACGACCACAGAUAUUACCGCGAGAUAUGUGCAGCUCCAUCAGGCCGAUGUGUUGUCAGUAAGUGUCAGUCUUCCCAAAGUGACAGGUGCAGCAACAACAGCAGGGCAAGACUUCUCCAGAAGAGACCGCAUGUUAAGCCCCCCAAGCCCUCGCUUGGUCUCAGGCAAAGGCACAGAGGGUUCAUUUCUAAAGACAAGGGUUGCAAGGGGAUGGGGGGUCACACAGAGGACAGCGUCUCAGAACCCGAUUGGCAGAUGAAAUCUUCAGGAGAUGACUUUCUAUCUUCCAAAGAUGAAGCUCAACUCACGCACUUGAUCCCGAUCCCCGAGCAGAAAGAAAGCGCUCCAGUCCCAGAUCUAUCCAUCGUGGAGGAAAUCUUCACAGAGGAGUGUGCAGAUGAAGCAGGCAUUCUCAACAAGGACAGCCUUACCCAAAGCCUUGGCGAUCUGAAAGAGCUUGAAGGGAUGCACCCCCAGCCCUCGCUUGUUCCUUCAGAAAACAGCUGGGCUGUGCUCAGCGAGAAGCGUUCAGGCAAGCGCGCGUCUCCAGAAAAGCACAAUGUAGGACCUCUUGAUAAAAUAAAUGCUGAGCGGAUGUCCCCGGAUUACCUGGAGUUCGAUAGCCUUUCAGAUAAGUCUAAGACACCGCUGAGCUUUUCCAGUUUCUCUUUCCAGGAGAACCUAGAAAGUGCCCCUUCCCCUACAGAACAACACUGGGCACGUUCUUUGGAGCAGGAUAGCUUAGAAAAUAAUUCCACCACAUUUGGAAAGAUUUCCCGGGAAAUCUUAGACCCAGGAAAGAAUGAAGAAUUGACAGACGAGUUGCUAGGUUGUCUAGUUGAAGAACUGUUAGCGCUUGAUGAGAAAGAUAACAGCUCUGUCCAAAUAAUGACAAAUGAGGCAGAUGCCAAAAACCUGAAUCUUGUCUUCAGCAGGAGAGGCAAUACCAUCGAAGAACUGGGCAGAGAAACAACAGAUGUCAAACUACAGAGGUGUAUUAAUGGAUUCCGGAUAUAUGACGAGGAAAACUUUCUUACCUCAAAUGAGAAGAAGACACUUUCUGACAAGAGCUUAAACCACGAAGAGGCUAUAUUCUGGACCAAGGGUGAGGUCCUUGGGAGAGGAGCCUAUGGCACAGUAUAUUGUGGGCUCACCAGCCUAGGGCAGCUAAUUGCUGUAAAACAGGUGGCCUUGGAUACUUCCGAUAAACUGGCUACUGAGAAGGAAUACCGGAAACUGCAGGAGGAAGUGGAUUUGCUGAAGGCCCUGAAGCAUGUCAACAUAGUAGCUUAUCUAGGGACAUGCUUGGAGGAGAACACUCUGAGCAUCUUCAUGGAAUUUGUUCCUGGUGGUUCCAUCUCUAGUAUAAUAAACCGCUUUGGGCCACUUCCUGAAAUGGUGUUCUGUAAAUACACAAGACAGAUCCUGCAAGGUGUUGCUUAUCUCCAUGAGAACUGUGUGGUACAUCGAGAUAUCAAAGGGAACAACGUCAUGCUCAUGCCAACUGGAAUAAUAAAGUUGAUUGACUUUGGCUGUGCCAAGCGUUUGGCCUGGGCAGGCUUAAAUGGUACCCACAGCGACAUGCUCAAGUCCAUGCGUGGGACUCCAUACUGGAUGGCCCCGGAGGUCAUCAAUGAGUCUGGCUAUGGAAGGAAAUCAGAUAUAUGGAGCAUUGGCUGCACCGUGUUUGAGAUGGCCACAGGGAAGCCUCCUCUGGCUUCCAUGGAUAGGAUGGCAGCCAUGUUUUACAUUGGAGCCCACAGAGGCCUAAUGCCUCCUCUACCUGACCGAUUCUCAGAACCUGCUGCCGACUUCGUGCGUUUGUGCUUGACCAGGGACCAGCAUGAGAGACCUUCUGCUCUACAGCUCCUGAAGCACUCCUUCCUGAAGAGAAGCCAGUGAGCCCACACCGACUUCCCCCUUAAAACCCCUAACCCUUGCUUUGCUGUGGGGAAUGAUGGUUAAGGGACUUGUUUUCCUAUUGUAAAUCCAACCCAGCCCUAUUUAACCAGAUCCUGCAGCAUUACUGGAAAGUUUUAGUUAUAUACUGACCUUAAUUUUCAGGCACAACUGCCUAUAUGCAUGAGAACAAUUUCAUAUUAAGAAACCUACCAAACACCCCAUUCCAGUGUUACAAUUUUGAUUACUCAAAAACUAU